UGAUCAAAGACAAAAGGGUUGCCCCACAGUCCAAGCCGCGCUGUUAGAAGAGCAUAUAGCAAAGAGCCAAAUACACACACAGUCACACAGUAUUCUGCACUCAAUAGCCUCACAAGAGCAAAAAAAGCAGAAAAGAAUUCACCCCAUUUGCGAUUUUCCUUUGGAACAACAUCUUUAUAAAGAUACAAGCAAUAGGAUUACCGCAGAACGUUUAAUGAUCAUUGAAAAGAUAAUGAAUGUGGGUGAUCAUAACAGCAGUGAUGGUGCCAAUGGGAAGUCAUUGGUGGUUUCAGCCCAGGAAAAAGGUAGUAGGAACAAGAGGAAGUUCUUAUCUGAGUUUCCUCUAGACGUUCCUAUUGAUACACCUGCCCUAUCCCUUACAGAAUUUCCAAGGUAUGAGCUAUUAGAAGAACAACUCCUAAGCACCCCUAAUGAGGUUGGUUCACUUGAGGGCAGGUGUCAUCAGUCCAAUGAGAAACAAGCAGUGGAAACUUUACUACACGCCGACUGGGAUGAUACAAUAGCAUGUCAGCUAAUGGAACUUUUAUUUCAUAAUUUGUCCGCAACUUUCCAGAGUGCAAUCAAGAGGAUUGUUGAAUGUGGAUAUAGUGAGGAAAUAGCUGAAUGGGUCAUUUUGAGGAGUGGCCUUUAUCAUGGUAGCAAGGAUGCUGUCUCAACUAUUGUUGAUGGUGCCUUGGCUUUACUAAGUAGGGAAAAAGAAUUGGAUACUUCGAUGUCUCUCAUGUUUGAGGAUUUGAAUAGCCUAGUAGAGUACACGAUGUUGGAGAUGAUAUGUGUGCUGAGGGAGGUUAAGCCAGAUUUUACUGUUGCAGAAGCAAUGUGGUGUCUGUUAAUAUGUGAUUUGAACCUGUUACAUGCAUGUGCCAUAGAAGGAGAUUUUCUGGGUGAAUACAGUUUGGAAAGUCCGAGAGAAAGCUCAUCCGGUUCAAAACUUGCCCAACCUAUGGAGGCUUCUGUAGUGAGUCAAUUGGACCUGGAUAAACUACAGUCGUCAACACCUUCAAUGCCAAUUGCUAAAAGUUUGCAGUCUGAAGUUCCUUGUGAUGAUCCCCUCGCGCAAUUGUCUAAUUCUAUAUACUCACAUCUUCAUGGAGUGGAAAUUACAGCAAACGGAAGUUCAGCUCGUCUUCCAGUAGCGAAGAGUAAGUCUGCAGGGGUUGGCGGAGAGAGUGUACUGUCUAUAACGAAAGCAGCAAUUUUAGAAGAAAAAUGUGGAACUGGGAGAAGGGGAUCAUCUCUGAACUCCAAGAAAGAUAUGCUUAGACAAAAGACAUUUCAUUUUGAGAAAAGCUAUAAAGGCCGUAUGGGUAAGGGUUCCUUUAAAGCGAAACUCACCACCUGGAGCAGUAUGGUUUUGGACAAGACGCUGAACUUUGAAUCUUGUUCUUCUGAUCUCGUAAUGAAGAGCACUAACUCUAAGUUAGCUACUACAGUUAAAAGCAAUGGCCCUUCAGCAGUACGCUGUUCUCAUACUUCAAGCACCUCCCCCUCCAUUGCAACUUCAAGUGAAACUGCUAGUGUGCCAGCCACCCAAGAUACUGUUUGUGCAUUGCCUGCUGUAAACACAAACAUUUCUGCAUCACUGACUCCAGAGCCCAAGUCUUCCUCAAAGACCCCUGGCAGCACUCCUGCCCCUCCUAAAGUUCUAGACUAUUAUGCUGGUAUCCCAUACGAUGAGUCUUUGGGGAAACAUGUCCCACAAAAUAAGAAAGACGAAAAAAUAUUGUCGCUAAUUUCCCAUAUGCAGACACUGCAGAAAGAGCUCCAAGGGUGGACUGAUUGGGCCAAUGAGAAGGUUAUGCAGGCUGCUCGGAGGCUUGGCAAGGACCAGGGGGAGCUUAAAAUGCUGAAGCAAGAGAAAGAAGAGGCCGAGAAAUUUCAGAAGGAAAAGCAAAUGGUGGAAGAAAGCAACAUGAAGAGGCUUUCUGAAAUGGAGUAUGCAUUGUCAAAUGCCAGUGGCCAGAUUAAGAUGGCCGACUCUACUCUUCACAGGCUUGAGGAGGAGAAUGCUGCGCUAAAGAAGGAGAUGGAUGCUGCGACGCUGGCUGCCCUGGAGUCUUCUACAAACUUCCACCAAGCCGUUGCGAGGGAGCAGGAGAUACUGAAGAAGUGCCAAGCAUGGGAGAUGGAGAAGGGCUCAUUGCAGGAUAAUUUCUCAAACCUGAAACGUGAAACAGCUCAUUUUGAACAGGAACUAGAGAGAGCCAAAACGCGCCAGAACCAGUUUAAGGUUCUGUCGGAGCAGCAGGAGAGGGAGAAACGGAGGUUUCUUCAGCAGGCUGAUUCCCUUAAGGCUGAAAGGGAGAAACGGGGAGUUCAGAGUAAAAUGGAGGAGGAUAAUAUUAGAGAAAUGGCAGAGAGCAACAUGCAAAAAUGUAAAGAAGAUAUCCGAAAGCUUGAGAGUGAAAUCUCUCUAUUAAGAUUUCAGUCUGAAGGUUCAAAAAUAGAAGCACUCAGAAGAGGCAUCAACAACACGAGACCGCAAUCUCCUAAAACCACAAAGAACGUGGCAGUCUUUGAGGAAAAUCUUGGCUCUGCUAGUGUGAAAAUUGAGAGGGAGUGUGUUAUGUGUUUGAGCGAGGAAAUGACGGUGGUUUUCCUCCCAUGCGCUCAUCAGGUUCUUUGUGCACAAUGCAACGUGCUUCACGAAAAGCAAGGAAUGAACGACUGUCCUUCUUGUAGGACGCCAAUUCAGCAACGGAUUAAUGUUCGAUUUGCUCGUUCUUUUAGAAGUUAGCGCCAGAAUCAUCUUAAGAGUGAUACAUAAUCCAUUAUCAAGGGACAGGCAAGACAAUUUAUCAGUUCAUAUUGUCCCCUUUUUCGGCCUUUACAUCAUACCUUAGCUAAUUUAGUUGAUACAAAAAUGCAAAAAGGUAUAGAUAGGUAGUAUUAAAAGAGUGUAGAAUAAGGACACUGCCUAAUGGACCUUGUAAAUUUUUAGUAAAAGUUCAAUUAUCAAGUGUUAGAUCUUCUUGUACCUAACAGGAGAACUUGGUCUAUAUGUCUUGUAUAAUGGGUUCUUUUUGCUUGUUGAUUCCAGUUUACCUGAGCUAUUACUACAUAUUGUUUUUUUUCUUCAA